AUGGCGGAGACACCACAUGCUAUCAUGAUUCCUUUUCCAUUUCAAGGUCAUAUUACCCCGUCUGUGAAUCUUGCUGUGAAACUUGCUUCAAAGGGUUGUGCCAUCACUUUUGUCUAUACAGAAUUCAUCCACAAAAUGUUGUCCAAAUCCCAUCACUCCAGUAGCGAGUUUGAUUUAUUCGCCGAUGCAUGUGAAUCGGGUCUUGACAUACGUUAUACAACGAUCUUUGAUGGUUUUCCUGUGGAAUUCGAUAGAUUUCUGCACUCGAAAGAGUACUGGGAGACUAUGUUGAGAGAUUUCCCAGCUCGUGUCGAUGAAUUUGUUGGCAAAUAUAACCUCGUGAAUGUAUCAUUCUGGACAGAACCAGCAUUAGUCUUUUCUAAUUCUAUAGCUUAUCACUUGGACCUUCUUAGAGAAAAUUGUCAUUUUCCUUGUAAAGACAAUAUUGAGGAGAAUAUAAAUUACAUACCCGGAGUUUCUUUGAUGAAUACAAGGGACUUGAUGCCAUACCUUAAAGAAUCUUCCCUAGAUUCGUUGCCGCAAAAGAUUGUGAUGAAAACAUUUGAUGACCAAGUGAAGAAAGCGGACUUUAUUUUACUAAACACUGUUCAAGAACUAGAAGAGACAAUAUCAGCUCUACAGCAAAAGCAACCAACUUAG